GUUUGGAGCGCGUGGGCUUCCCCACUGACCGGCGCGUAACGCGUAUAGUUCAGUCGGGUGUGGAGUCAAGUAUGACCGCUUAGUUAGCUCAGUUAUCACCGAUUGUAAGCUACACGCUUUUUCGAUCGGAAGAACUAAUCGGUUUCUCGGAGUCUCGCGGAGGUGGAAAAAGGCGGGGCGUGUCACAGUGUCAGCGGCCCUCCUUGCACGGUCCUGCUCGGCGUGUCCUGCUGCUGCUGUAGCGUCUGCUCCGCGAGACCGCAGGUGGAACGUGUUCGCUCGUGACGUUCACAUCUGCUCGCGCUGGAUAACGGACCCUAUUACCCCCAGAAGCGCGAGGCAUUUCCAGGGAUAUUUACCACGCGAGUCUUGGAGAAUUAUUCAUAGGGAUUCCGCGAGAACACAAACACCCAGGAUGAGGGAACCCAGGAACCCGUGCAAGGAUCGGGUCUGACGAUUCGGAGAGGACGGCCGAUAAACAUGAGAGCACGUCGCUGUAACCCUCUGCCCUAUUCGUCCUCGACAUCCCCCCUCUGCCUUCCUGCGCACUCUCACUGAUCCCCGCGUUCCCAAAGGAAGAAUAUCGGAUAACUGAGAAAAGAAACUGCAAACAAAUCCAGGAGGUUUUUUUCCACCAGCGUUGGAAUUCAAGAAACUAGGAUUCUAUUUUCGGCUCGAGUUUGUCGGCUUUGCCUAAAUUAGCUCAUCCCUUGCUCCCGUCGCCCCCCCCUCUCUCUUUUCCAUCUCUUUCUCUCCCUCUCUAGCCCUUCUUCCUCUCCACACUCAUUAAAACUCCCGCCGUAGGCCUCGACCAAUGGAGAGACAGAGGAGAGAGUCAGGAUAAGGAAGAGAAAUAGAGCUUUGAAAAGGGGAAAAGAAAAACUGCUGAUUGGUUAGAAAUUGGAAAUUGGAAUCUUCGAAAUAGCGAGGAACAUUUUGGCCCAGUAACCUUUCCAAUUUCACUUUGGUAUUAAAUACCAACUUUUUCAAACGCCACUCUAGACACUCCCAAACUCAAUUAACGAAUUUGUCGGGUCGCUUUUUUCCUCGAAUUGGGAGCUUCUGACGGCGGCCGUUCUCAAACACACGCACCAGCCCCGAGGGGGACGCUGAGCAUGACGAGGGCUGUGCCGUCCCUGCGCUGGCCCCUGUGGCCCCUGGCCCUGCUCCACCUGCUCACCGCGGUGAGCCCGCUGGAGUUCGGCGGCGCGCCGGGCCAGUGGGCGCGCUACAGCCGCUGGGAGGCGGGCUCCGUCGGCGAGCUGAGCUUCAGCCUGAAGACCAACAUCAGCAAGGCGCUGGUGCUCUACCUGGACGACGGCGGCAACUGCGACUUCAUGGAGCUGCUGGUGGCCGGCGGGCGACUCCACCUGCGCUUCGCCAUCCACUGCGCCGAGCCCGCCUCCCUGCACAUGGAGACCCCCGUGGACGACGACCGCUGGCACAUGGUGCUGCUCACGCGCAACUUCCGCGAGACCCUGCUGAUGGUGGACGGCGAGACCAAGGUGGCGGAGGUGAAGUCCAAGCGGAAGGAGAUGGCGGUGGUCAGCGACCUGUUUGUGGGCGGCAUCCCGCCCGACGUGCGCCUCUCGGCCCUCACGUCCAGCACGGUCAAGUACGAGCCCCCGUUCCUGGGCCUCAUCUCCAACCUGAAGGUGGGCGAGAUGCCCCCGGCGCUGCUCAACAGCAUGGGCAUCCAGAGCGACCUGGAGUACAUGUGCACCAAGCAGAACCCCUGCCUCAACGGGGGCUUCUGCUCCAUCCAGUACGGCGAGGUGCACUGCGACUGCACCCAGACGCGCUACAAAGGGAAAUACUGCAAGGAAGGUAGGACGCCCUGCUUUCUGUCUUCAGCUGUGUGGUUUCUUAAAUAGGUCCCAGAGUUCUUGCUGUCAACGGGUCGUUUCCAAGAG